CAAGAGCUGGAUUUAAAUUUUAUGCAGCCCCGGGAUAGGAUACAAAUUUAGAACAGUCCUUUUGCUAUUGCGAGGAAAAUAUAUUGCAAGGAUGCAGGGGCCAAGAAGCAGGCUGGAAGCCAGGCGCAAGCCAAAAGUAUCAGAAACUUAAUCUAUAAACACACCAUGUCGAAACAGUGUUGAUCCAGCACCAGCAGAGGGUUGGCUAUCGGUGACUAAAAAAAGAAACCAGCCAGAAGGAUUAAGCAAUAGGCUUUAUUACUUGCGGAUGAAAGAGGCAAGAGCCUGCAAGAAUUGUGCAGAAGACAACAAGAGAAAAAACCAACUGCAACCAGACAGGUCAGUGGGGAAUCAUCGUGUGAAUAAAAGUAUAGAGCAGCCAUGACCAAUCUAAGCACCCGUUCUUCCCACAAUCCCAGUCCAGAGAGGAAAAACAAUUAUGAGACCCCAACACUGUCCGAACUGCAGAGACUGGUAUGGGCAAGAGGAGGAUCUGAUAAUCAUGUGGACCAAGUAUGGCCAAACCUCUACCUUGGAGAUGCAUGGGCAGCAAGAAGUAAAUCCAUUCUUCAGCGCAUUGGCAUCACUCAUAUCCUUAAUGCAGCCGACGGGCCCUACAACAUCAACACUGGAGCACGUUAUUACCGAGACCUGCCGAUUCAGUACUACGGAGUGCAAGCUUUCGAUGACAAUUCAUUUGACAUAAGCGUCUUCUUCCACAAGGCUGCCGAUUUCAUACACAAGGCCUUAAAUUCUGUAGGAGGCAAGGUCUUUGUCCACUGUGCUAUGGGGCUAAGCCGUUCGGCCACUUUAGUGUUGGCGUAUUUGAUAAUCCACGAAAACCUGACACUUGUGGAAGCCUUGAAAUCAGUGGACUCUCACAGAGGCAUCUGUCCAAACACCGGAUUCCUCAGCCAACUCCGAGCCUUGGACAUCAAAUUAAACAAUGAAAAGAAGAGAGAUGACACUAUGGCGAAAGGGGACUGAAUAACUCUGCAAAUAUAGGAAUUCUGCAAUACUGAUGCUUUCAUUUGGAAUGAUUCAAUCAGCAAAACCUUUUACUGAGACUGGGAGGGGAGAAAUGCUUCCUUUUAUGUAAUAAAACUCAUGGAGCAGAGUGAAAAAUGGGAAUAAUGUUAAAUAUAAAGAAGACCAAACUCAUGACAAUAGGCAAAACCACCGGCCUUAGAAUUAACAAGAUACUAAAGUGAUGGCUAGUGUAGAAAGUUAGCAUCCUUCCCUCCCCUAGACGAACGAAAUAUUCUAGGAAAUAUUAAAAAGGUAGAAUAUUAUAUUUCCCUGGAUGAGAAAAGGAGAAACAUGUUUUUAAAGACAAAGAACAGCUCCCUGCAGCUCCUUGCCGCCAGCAGAUAUUUGAUGCACAUUAAGACUGGGCCAACCUGUCUACAAGACAAAAGUCCUUCCAGCUCCAGGGUGAUGGGAUUAAGACAUGACCCCUCAGGACAUAAUAGGAUUAGUCUUCUACCCAUCUAACAGCAGGGCAAAAUCACCUGGGGACAUUACAUCAGCCCAAGCAUGACUCCACAUGGGAGUCUGACUACAGCCAAUAGAAUACAUGCUCUUGCCACAGGAACAGGAAGCUCAAGGGCAAGGCCCAAGAGAGAGUUUAAAUAACCCUCACUCUCCACUCCAUGUGUUCAACUGCCCAGGACCUCAAACCCAUGUGGUCCUGUCCAUCAAUAAACCAUCUUUCCAAUCUGCCUCCGUGCUUCCACUGUCUUUCUCCCCACUUGAAACUGAACCCAGAGGGGUAUUUUUCCCCCCACAAUAGCUUCUGCCUUUCAGAAUCAACCAUCAGUAGUAAAGGGAGAAGCAGGUAAGAAAAGCACCGCAGACUUGCAUUUGAUAGACACGAAGAUAUUCAGAUGUUGUGAUUUUUCGGUACCUAAAAAGAUCAGAACAAUAUAAGCCGUGGUAUUCCCUCGGAUAUUCUGUGGAAAAGAAUGCUGGACUUUUUAAAAAGCAGGGUAGAAAGAGUAGUCACAGCUUUGAACUUUAGUCUAGGACAGGGGUGUCAAACUCAAUUUCAUUGAGGGCUGUAUCAGGGUUGUGUUUGACUUUGGGGGACCGGGCUGGGUGUGGCCGGGGUGGGCGUGCCCAGCUCGAUGUCACUUGUGUCAGGGAAAAUGGGCUCCUGAGCUCCGUCUUUGCCUGCGAUGGCCUCCUGCAACGCUCUGCUAGUGAAAGCUGGAAACUCUAGAUCAGGGGACUCCAACCUUGGCAACUUUAAGCCUGGUGGCUGGGGCAUUCUGGGAGUUGAAGUCCUCCAGGCUUCAAGUUGCCAAGGUUCGAGAACCCUGCUCUAAAUGACAGCUACAACCCACACAUUGCAUGCAUUGUCCCUGUAAUGCAUGUAAAAAAAAGGGAAAGGCACCUCAAAUAUAUGGCUAUGGACCAGGGGUGGGUUCUACUUACCUUUACUACCGGUUCUCAAUGGGAGCACGUGCACAUGCGUGCUUCUGCACAUGCGCAGAAGCCCCUCGAUGACAUCUGGGUGGGUGGGGGGAGCCUCCCGAUGGUUUUACUACCAGUUCUAUAGAACUGGACAGAACCGGGAGCUGUUGUGUCUGCACCCCCCGUGCCGGGCCCCCUGCCAGAAAGUGACUCGGAAAGUGAGGGGGAAGAGCCAUCAGGACUUACCUCUGGAGCACCGGCUUCCCUGGCUCAGCUCAGGUGGAGGAGAUAACGAGGCCUCCAUCCCCUGACUCUUCCCCCCCCAGGCCACGCCUCCAGACCCGGCUGAUGGCAAUCAGGCCUGGUUGGACCCUAGGUUUCGUAGACAGGAGAGGCGGGAACAACAGAAGCAGGGAUGGGGCAGGCCUAGGAAGUGCUGAGUCAUGGAGCCACACCCCACAGGAUAUAAAAGCAGCAAAGGCUGCAAUACCUCUUCGUAGCAAGCAAAUCAACUGCUUAACUAUAGCUGAAGUACUGUUUGUUCCUGGUUGACUCAUCAAGAGAGAUAACAGAGACACUUGGCAGACGCUCGCUAGUUUGCUGCCAGAGCUGAUAGUGCCGGCUAAUUAAGUCAUCACUCGGACUGAGGCGAGGGGGACAGAACAGGAGCAAUCCACCACUGCUAUGGACACCAUCUUGAUCUUUUUGACCUCUCCUCAUAAAAACCCCAGAGUGUCUAGCUCGUUUCCAUCCUUGUUAUUUGUUACUAAUAGUGUCAAGUAUGGUACAUAGAAAAAAAGAAAUAGAAAAAAAUCCCAGCCAAUUCUGUCCUGUAUUUGUUCCUAUGUUACUUGUUUUCCAAUGCUGUUUUAAUUAGUCAUUUCCACUCUGAAUCUAAAAUGAAUACUAUAUAAUGGAAGUUUUUGCUUUUCAUGCUCAUGUUAAAACAAUUUAUUUUUUGUAAAAUUUAAUUUAAUUUUUUGUAUAGUAGUAUUCUAUUUUAUACAUACAUACAUAUAUAUAUACACCCGCGAAAACCUCAGAAAACACACACACACACACACACAUACAUAUACAUACAUACAUACAUACAUGCAUACAUACAUACA